AUGGUCAAGCUCGCUCUCACCCUCGGCCUUAGCCUCGCGUCGUCCGCCAAUGGCGCGGCAAGCCACCUGCGUCGAAAACGAGGCAGAGAGCAUCGGGUCGGUCCCUCUGAGAACUUCAAGAGCGGCGCGUGCGUGCGCGACUACGACGGCACGUCGGACCUCUUCCCGAGCAAGAGCGAGUCGGGCAUGCAAUUCCGGUCGACCGUGAGCUCCGACUACUCGCUCUUCUGGGAGGUCUCCUACCACGGCCACUACAAGAUCCUGCAGAACUCGAACUCGGGCGAGGUGCACGUGCUGCACCAGUGCGGCGUCGACGCGCCGGCCGCCGAGGACCUGCCGGACUACGCCGCGGACGCGACGUUCGUCCAGGUGCCCGUGUCGAACGUCGCGACGACGUCGACGACCUACAUCCCCUUCAUCGAGAUGAUCGGCGAGCGCGCGGCGCUCAAGGCCUACGGCUCGUCCUUCGACUACGUGUCGUCGCCGUGCCUGCGCAAGAUGCACCGCGACGGCGCCGUCGUCAGCGCCUACGACUCGUCGACGUGGUCCGUGUCCGACGAGGUCCUCCAGGACGCGAACGUCGAGGUCACCAUCGCCGACUCCUGGUCCAACAGCGCCUACGCGGCCUACACCAUGACCGACAUCGCCGAGGACUCGGUGCUCAAGGUCGCGGAGUACGUGGAGGUCGUCGGCCUCUUCUUCAACCGCGAGGCCGAGGCGACCGCGGCCAUCGAGACCAUGAUCGCCAACUACGUCUGCGCCACGGACUCGGCCGCGGCCUACCUGGCCGAGCUCGGCGGCGACGCGGCCAAGCCCAAGGUCUGCUGGACGUCGUACUACGCCUACGCGAGCGACGCGUCCGGCGGCUGGACGAUGGCCGCGUCGCCCGUCUGGUACAGCGAGCUCAUCGAGGCCGCGGGCGGCGAGCUGCUCAUGUACGACGGCGACGGCGACGUCGUGUCGUCCUGGGGCACGGCCUACAUGUCCACGGACCAGGUCCUCGAGCUCUGCGCGGACGCGGACGUGAUCAUCUCGCCCGACGUCUGGACCAAGAGCGCCGAGCCCUUCACGCUCCUCGACGGCCUCCCGGCCGUCGUCAACGGCCGCGUCUUCGACAACCAGGGCCCCCGCGGCGCCACGGACUGGUUCGAGCGCCGCGUCGUCGAGCCCGAUACGGUGCUCCAGGACAUCCUCGCGGCGCUCUACCCGGAGUCCGACGAGUUCGGGUCUCUGGAGCGCAAGUGGCUCCGCGACGUCGAGGCCGACGAGGCCGUCGGGGGCGUCUCCGACGACGACCUCGACGCGGCGUGCCCGGACGUGACGGCCGACUACGUCUUCGAGGCCGCGACGAUGUGCGACUCGUCGUCGUCGUCGUCGUCGUCGUCCAACAGCGACAUCGUCCUCAUCGUCAUCGUCGCCGCGGCGAUCCUCAUCGCCCUCGUCGGCGCCGUCUUCUGCGCCGUCGUCUCCCGCAACUCCGCGCCCCCGCCGGGCGCCAAGGUCGUCGAGGCCAAGCCCGAGACCGAGGCCUAG